AUGUCUGCUUCUCACGAACAAGUCGAGACUGUCGAUAUCACUUCCCUUAAUGCUGUCGCUGCCGGUACCAACAGAAAACAACCAAGAAUUGUUGCUGCUGGGUUAGGUGGUAGAUUAAUGGGUACCGCCGAUUUAGUUAAAGUUACUGCUGAACAAAUUACCGAAGAUUCUUUACAAUCUUUAGCUGAAAAAGAUGAACAAGAAAGAUUAAAAUAUACCAAAGUUAAACAUAUUAGUGAACAAGAAUGGACUUUAUCUAAUUUUUAUAAACAUAUUAAUUGGUUAAAUGCUAUUUUAGUAGUUGCUAUUCCUGCUUAUGGGAUUUAUAAUGCUGUUAAUUAUCCACCUCAACUUAAAACUAUCACUUUAGCUUUUAUUCUUUAUCUUUUCAGUGGUAUUUCAAUCACAGCUGGUUAUCAUCGUUUAUUUGCUCAUAAAUCUUAUGAUGCUCAUGUUUCAUGUAGAUUAUUUUUUGCUUUCUUUGGAGCUGGUGCUGUUGAAGGUAGUAUUAAAUGGUGGUCUCAUAGUCAUAGAAUUCAUCAUAGAUAUACUGAUACUCCAAGAGAUCCUUAUGAUGCCAGACAAGGGUUUUGGUUUUCUCAUAUGGGUUGGAUGUUAACUAAACCAAAUCCAAAGAAUAGAGCUAGAGCUGAUAUUAAUGAUUUAGCCAAUGAUUGGGUUGUUACUUUCCAACAUCGUCAUUAUUUACUCCUUAUGGUUUUAUCAGCUUUUGUUUUCCCAACCGUUGUUGCUGGUUUAUUCUGGGGUGAUUAUUGGGGUGGAUUCAUCUAUGGAGGUAUCUUAAAAACUUUUAUUAUUCAACAAGCUACUUUCUGUGUUAAUUCAUUAGCUCAUUGGAUUGGUGUUCAACCAUUUGAUGAUAGAAGAACUCCAAGAGAUCAUGUCUUGACUGCCAUUGUUACCUUUGGUGAAGGUUAUCAUAAUUUCCAUCAUGAAUUUCCAUCUGAUUAUAGAAAUGCUCUUAAAUGGUACCAAUACGAUCCAACCAAAGUUGUUAUUUAUACUUUAUACAGAUUAGGUUUAGCUUGGAAUUUAAAGACUUUCAGUCAAAAUGCCAUUGAACAAGGUUUAUUACAACAACAACAAAAGAAAUUAGAUAGAUUAAGACAAGAAUUAAAUUGGGGUACUCCAGUUGAUCAAUUACCAGUUUGGACUAGAGAAGAAUUUAAUGAAAAGGCUAAAUCAGAAGGUUUAAUUUUAAUUUCUGGUAUUGUUCAUAAUGUCAAGAGCUUUAUUAAGGAACAUCCUGGUGGUCAACCAUUAGUUAGAGCUUCUUUAGGUAAAGAUGCUACUAAAGCUUUUAAUGGUGCUGUUUAUGCUCAUUCUAAUGCUGCUCAUAAUUUAUUAGCUACUAUGAGAGUUGCUGUUCUUAGUGAAGGUGAAAUCAAUGGUAAUACCUUUGAACUUCAAAAUCAAAUGCUUGCAAAGGAAAAGCAAGCUUGA